GAAUAGAGGAGAAUUAAGAGAGAAUUAGAGAAAUAGGCAAGAGCUGGAUGGCAAUGUCUGCUUAAAUUCUAAGACAGACGUCUAGGGCACUUCUUGACAUCCACAGGAAAAUCAUAUGGGAUUAAAAAAAACCACAGCAGAACUGCUGAAAGCUGCCUCUCGAGGAUUACAACUUCACCUUUUCUUUUUACGGAUGCUUGUUUACUAUCCAUGUGGUAACCUCUGGACAGCCAGUAAUCCAUUCAUUAUCCACAGUGAUUGAGUGCAGGAGUAGUGCAGUGGUAACUACUUCACUCAGCUGACGGCAGACGAUAAAAGGAGGGAAAUGAUGAAUUCGGACAAUUUAACCUCCCAAAGCUUCCUCUCUGCGAUUCACAGCAACACCAGCAAUUUGUUCUCAGGGCUCCAGUUUGUUCAGUCCUUCAAGCCACUCAUCAUUCCCUGCUACUCGCUAGUGGUUUUUAUUGGUGUCAUUGGGAAUUACCUUCUCAUCUAUGUUAUCUGCAAGACGAAAAAAAUGCACAAUGUCACCAACUUUCUGGUAGGAAAUCUGGCUUUCUCUGACAUGCUCAUGUGUGCAACAUGUGUGCCUCUGACACUCGCCUAUGCCUUUGAGCCCAGAGGAUGGGUGUAUGGGCGUUUCAUGUGCUACUUUGUUUUCCUGAUGCAACCCGUCACUGUGUUUGUGUCUGUCUUUACCUUGACUGUCAUAGCUGUGGAUAGGUAUUAUGCCAUGGUGUACCCAUUCCGCAGGAAGCUCACGAUCCCUAUUUGUGCUUAUAUCCUGGCUGCUAUUUGGCUGCUGAGCUGUACCUUGGCUGCCCCAGCCUUGGUCCACACUUACCAUGCAGAGUUCCCAGAACUGGACUUCUCUAUCUGCGAGGAGUUUUGGUUCCACAUGAAAAGAGAUCGCUUAGCUUAUGCCUACAGCACUCUCAUCAUCACCUAUGUACUGCCUUUGGCUGUCAUUUCCCUGUCCUACCUGAGAAUCUCUGUCAAGCUGAAGAACCGUGUAGUCCCAGGCAAUGUCACCCAGGGCCAAGCUGAAUGGGACCGAGCAAGGAGGAGAAAGACUUUUCGCUUGCUAGUCUUAGUGGUGGCAGCCUUUGGAGUCUGUUGGCUGCCUCUUCACAUCUUCAACAUGAUAAAGGACAUCGACAUCAGCUUGAUUGACAAGCAAUACUUCAACUUCAUCCAGCUGCUGUGCCACUGGUUUGCAAUGAUGUCUGCUUGUACCAAUGCCUUCCUCUAUGCCUGGCUCCAUGACAGCUUCAGGGGGGAGCUGAAGAAAAUGUUUGCCUGCAAGAAGAAGAAAAUUGGACCCACUACAAACUGCAUUAUGGCCAGUGUGGUGCUGUAAAUGAGAGCUGGUGGGAGUGCACUUCCUUCGCAUGGUAGCACUGUA